CUCUCCCCUCCUUCAACUAGCGCUUUGCGGCCGUUGGUCCUCCCCUCGAUCCAGUUCCUCACCUCACCACACCAAGAGCGCAACCCACCGCGUCUCCCCUUCCUCUAAUCUUCCAAUUCCAACCAUCCCUUCUCUCCCCUCCUCAGCUCCGAACAGCAGGCAUGGACAACCAGCAGCUCUUUGGUUCCUCCUACGUGGACACGCCUUUCUUCGCGGCCAAUGGCACGGCGCAGCGGGAGAGCAAGCCGAAGGCUCGGCGCAGGCGGCGGAGGGCCGCGAGAUGCGGCGGAGGGGAUGGUAACGGCUGGGAGAUGGACGGAGGAGGGGACCCCAAGAAGCGGCGGCUCACCGAUGAGCAGGCGGAGAUGCUGGAGCUGAGCUUCCGGGAGGAACGCAAGCUGGAGACCGGCCGGAAGGUGUAUCUGGCCGCCGAGCUCGGGCUCGACCCCAAGCAGGUCGCCGUGUGGUUCCAGAACCGCCGGGCGCGCCACAAGAGCAAGACGCUCGAGCAGGAGUUCGCCAGGCUCAAGCACGCCCACGACGCAGCCAUCCUCCACAAAUGCCACCUCGAGAACGAGGUAAGCUUGCUCAUACACACUCACACUGGCGUACAUACAAAUUCCUCUUCGUUCUUGCACAAGCUGACUGCCAGCCAGGUGCUGAGGCUGAAGGAGAAGCUGAGAGCGACUGCGGAGGAGGUGCAGCGCCUCAGGUCGGCAGCUGGGAUCCACGCCAAUGGCGGAGACUCCGCUGGCGCCGUUAGCGUGUGCGGCGGGAACCCGGGCUCAUCCUUCUCGACGGGAACCUGCCAGCAGCAUCCGGGUUUCAGCGGGGCAGACGUGCUGGGGCGGGACGAUGACCUGAUGAUGUGCGUCCCCGAGUGGUUUUUCGCAUGAAUUAGCUAGAGUUUAUGGUGGCUAUGCCGAUAGCAGCGUGUUCGAGUGUUUUUUAAUUAGCAUGAAAUAAUAUCUCCCACAAAAUAGGCGCUAUAGCUGCUCGGGAGCCUCGCCGCUACGCUAUGGCUGCCGCCGCCAAAUCCUCCACAAAUCCCUCCAAAGGGCUUCAGAAUCAGCAAAAACCUCUAGAAAUCAUCUGUCCCGCCGGAAAAGUUGUUGCUAUUUGCCGCGAUUGUCUGCUAUGCGGCCGCUAUAGCUGCUGAGAGUGGCCGCCCCUAAAUCCUUUCUCCGGCGAUUUUAAUCUUUGGUUUUUAGCCUGUAUAUAUGGGGUGAUUUGAAAUUGACACGAGCUGGACAUCAACUACAUGCUGAUCGAUUACUAUUCUAGUUAGCCAUAGUUUUAAUUAUUAAUUAAGUUGGGACGAUCUCUAUGCGUGCGUGCUGUUUAAUUAUGUAUGGAGAGUGUUGAUUAAUGGCAAAAGCUUGCAAGCUAGCAAGUGUAGUACUGGUCGCUCUCUUCAAGAUCAGAGAUGAUGUGUAUAUGUUAUCAUUCGAUAUAUAUUUUACUUCAGCCGUAAA